GUCAAGCGGAGAGCUACACACGCCUGAACAACAAGCAUGGCGUAUCCCAGGCAGAUCGCACUCGGCUUCUUAAGAGCCAUUCUCUCUUUUCUCGUCGUUUUAUCCUCUUCUGUUGCGUACGAUUUUGACUACGAAUUUGUAACUUGCAAUUCAGUGGUAAAACUACAGAACUCGCAACAUAAAAUCCGCCUGCACUCCCAUGAUGUCAAGUAUGGCACAGGAAGUGGCCAGCAGUCUGUAACGGGUGUGGAAGGAUCUGAUGAUCAUAACAGUUACUGGCAAGUGAAGGGUAAAACUGGAGCUACGUGUAAUAGAGGAGUGCCUAUAAAGUGUGGCCAGACAAUCCGCCUCAUGCACUUGUCCACCAAACGUAACUUACACAGCCAUCACUUCAACUCGCCACUCUCCCACAACCUGGAGGUCAGCGCCUUUGGGGAAGGGGGAGAAGGCGAUGAGGGUGAUAACUGGGUAGUGGUGUGCAGCGGGAAACUCUGGUCAAGGGAACAAAAAUUUAGACUGAAGAAUGUUGUCACUGAGCACUACCUGCACGUGAGCGGGGACUCGUACGGCCGCCCGAUCCAUGGUCAGUAUGAGAUUAGCGGCUAUCCCCAUCCCAGUGAUCUCAACUACUGGCAGACCGCAGAGGGCAUCUUUAUCAAACCUGCCGAUGACCCGUUACAAAACCUCAAACAUGACGAGCUUUAACUAGAAUAGGUACUUAACAGAAUUUGCUCAUUUUAUAUUUUCACUUGGACGUUUUCACUCGUUAUUUAAAUAUUAUGUGGAAAGAGUUAUGUUUAAAGUACUGGUAAAGUAAAAGAUCGUGUGUGCAUUAGUAUGGGAAGUACAUUGUUUGUGAGCACUUAGAUAUGAUACUUGUUUAUGUGGGUCCAUAUGUCAUUUGUUUUAUACAAGCGUUUUGACAAGGUUUGAUGCACUUAACUGAUGGGUAUAUUUCAUAUUUUCAUAUGACAGGUAAAUGAAUCAAUUUUGUCAGUAAAUCAAAACUAU